UUGGCAAAGACGAGCAAAACCCUAAUCUACUUCAUCACUAUAUAAAUACCUUAACUGUAUUCCAUUCAGAACUUUUCUUGUGUUUUUGCAGCACGAAGAACCAAAGAAGAUGGGAAAAGGAACCGGAAGCUUUGGAAAGAGAAGGAACAAGACUCACACGCUAUGCGUUCGAUGUGGACGACGAAGCUUCCAUCUCCAGAAGAGCCGUUGCGGUGCUUGCGCCUACCCUGCCAGUCGCAUCCGAAAAUAUAACUGGAGUGUGAAAGCUAUUAGAAGAAAGACUACCGGGACUGGUCGAAUGAGGUACCUCCGACAUGUUCCUCGAAGGUUCAAAACCGGCUUUAGAGAAGGUACUGAAGCAACUCCAAGGAAGAAGGCAGCAGCUGCUGCUUCAUAAGUUGAUUGUGGUGUUUUGUUUUGGUGCUAGAGAACCCUGAAUUUUACAAACUAUAGCUUUGGGGUUUCUCUCGACUAUGUGGUACUUUUAUUUUCCAAACAAUGUCUACAAACAGGAUGUUUUGUUUUA